GGAAAAACACUCGUGUUAGCGUUCUUACGCACAGCAGCAGGUCAGCUGAUUAAAACGGCACGCGGAAACUGUAAAGUCAUUUGGAAAGCGCCAGUAGAUCUCCAAAGCAGCCGGGCUAUACGUCCACAAACACCACUAUUUACUGUUGAUCACAGCGUGUUUCUAACGUGAGCGGGACUCUGGAGAUCCACUCAAAUAGCGUAUCUGAAAGACACAGAGGCGACCGAGAGCCUGUCAUCGUCAGGAGAAAGUUAUGGCACAUAACGAGUCGCUGGUCGCUUUGAAUGGGACUCAAAUUUCCCACAUCGGACAUGACUGCACGGACAUCCCAGACUUCCUUGGAGACACAUACGGCCAGUUUGCAAGAAGGCUGGAUCUCAGCUUCAAUCUGCUCAGGUCACUGGCGGGUCUCAAAAUGUUCACUGUGCUGGAAGAGCUGGUCGUUGACAACAAUCUGCUUGGAAAUGACCUCCUGUUGCCCAGGUUACCCAACCUCCACACCCUUACACUCAAUAAGAACCAACUGACUGAUAUCGAGGCCCUGCUGGAACACUUGGCUGAUGUGACCCCGUCACUGGUGUACCUAAGCCUGCUGGGAAAUGAGGCCUGCCCCAACCAGCUGGUCAGCCCGGAUAACGAUGAGGACGACUACCAGAGAUACAGGUACUUCGUUCUGCACAAGUUGCCCCAGCUGAAGUUUCUGGACACCAGGAAAGUAACUCAAAAAGAAAUGAUGGAGGCGCAGGCAAGAGGAGCCUUCAUGAAAGUGGUCAAACCCAAGUCGGAAGCUCAGACAGCUAUCAGGAAGAAAGAGAACUCACUGUGCACCACCGAGAGAAGAAAAUAUCCACCUAAUGAGACUGGCUCUGAAAGUCACCCACUGCCCUACACUCCUCUACCCCGAGGAUCCAGAGAUGCCAAGAACCACAAAGGGGUAUUCGCCAAGUGUCGCUACAUCUACUAUGGCAAGCACUCAGAAGGAAACAGAUUCAUCCGAAACGAUCAACUCUGAUGGACAGCUGGUCAGGCACAAAGAGGGACAUGAGUGACAAGGGAUGCCAGCAGAAGGAAAGAGGAUCAAAUCAAUCUUUUAUUUGUCAGAACGACUGGUGAUAAUCGAGCCACCUGAUCUCCCACUGGAAAAAGAUUUUUAACUUCAUCAAAAGUAUUUGUUAUGUAAGGGGAAUGGGGGUUUUUUUAAGUUCGUAAUCCAGCCCCAUAGUUACGGCCUCCUCUGCUGUGCUGGGUCUGCAUCUGCCUCCCUGCUUCCAGCUCAGAGUCAGAGAUGACACUCCCACUGACAUGAUUGCCUCUAAGCAUCAGCAACCGUAUAACGCCAGACACACACACACACACACACACAAGCGAGGACAGUCUCUGUCGCUCUCUUUUUGGUUCUCUUACACACAGUCAGUGACAAACACAGCCUGCCAAUUGUAUCCUUUUCUUUGACAGCCAUGAUGGAUCACCCGUCCACUACCGCCACUAAUCAAGGGUGAAAGGGGUGACGGUCACACACACCUGGGGCCUGACAUGGACUCAUCUCUCUCAUUCUCUCUCUGUUUUAGACACUCUCUCUCUCUCUCUUUCUCUCCCACACAAAGACAUAUAUACCUGCUGAUUAAAACAUUAAGACAUUGCAAAGAGUUUGACAACGUAACAAGAUUUCCCAAGGCGUGCUCAGUUUAUCUUGUUUAGUUUGUGGCAGACUACAAAAUGCUUUUCCCUUCUUUUGUUUGAAUGCAUUUUAUUGAAUGAAUUUUGUCUUUGUGUCUCUAAAAACAUAUUUCUGAUAUCUGAGUGAUGUUUUGGUCAGUUUCUGUUGUGUAGAGAUGUAUCAAAUGCAGCUUUUAAUGUAAAAAACAUUCCAAUACUAGCUUUAAUGAAGAACAGAGUUGUAACCAAGUAUGCCUUUCAGGUAUAUCGUUAUGUAUUAUGGUGCCAUUUUUCCAUGUUGUUUUGCCUUUUCCCUCACUGUGUGUCUUCGACCAGUUAAAUACUUCUUGCUGAAAUAGUCCCUUCAUUAUUUGCAUUGCAAUGUGAUGUACUGCAAACAAAGAAUAAGACCUACUCUUCAGAAAAUUGCAUCUAAUGGAAUAUUGUCUCUACAGUUGUAGUGCUUUUUUAAUGUUUUUAUUUUAUAAUAUGUCUAUGAUCACUGUACACUGUAAAUGUGUUUAUUGUGAUUUUUAAUACCUUAUUACAACAAUAAUGCUGCCAUCUUUUAGCAUCUUAGUUUUAAGUUCUCUUGGCAACCUUCCAAUCUAAAUUUUUGACAUGAAUGAUGUCAUAUUUCUGACACAAAAUUGUAUUAGCUGGAAUCCUUCAAGUGAUUAAAAGGGUUUGUCUAACAUAUGUCUCUUCUCAAACUGCUCCAGAGCUUAAGGUACUCAGGUUCCUUCACAUUAAUUCCUUCUGCCACCGUAAUAUACUGUAUUGAUUGUAAUGAUGAAAUGUCCAAGACAUUCAUAUUUUUUCCUGUGUAAAGCCUAUAGAGCGAAAAGAGCCAAUCAACAUUUUAAUAGCCAUGUGUGACUCAUAAUUACAACCUCAAAAGUAGUUAUAAAAGAUGUCCCUGACUGCCAUGAGGCUUGAUUACAUUCCCUGCUCCUUUAUAGAUGAAGUAGCUGGACAAACCAUGGUGAUGAGAUCGAGAGGAGAUGUUUGCUCUACGUGUAUUUUGGAUUUGAAAGAAGCCAUGUUGAGCUUCAGUCUUGCACGUCAAUCAUCCACAGGCCGAUGGAAAAAAGGUCAGAGAUAGCCUCAUGCAAUGUUUGUUCACUAUGUCGGUUUAUUUCUUGCUUCUAUUUGCUUAACAAUUGUGUGCAUGUGAGAGUAUGCACGCUCGCCAGCCUGCGCGUAUACGCCACUUCCUACGGGACUGUGUGACCAUAUUCCAGCUGACAUGCCGUUCAGGAGCCUGGUCACUAGUGCCGGCGUUUCAAAAUGACAAGGUUUAUUUGUCUGUGUUUUGAUAUGCUCAGAGGAAACUGGGGCUGACAGCCGGAGGAGGUAGGAAGAGGGGAGCCACAACAAGUUCCCCCCCCCGCACGACACAAAAUGUCAUCCUUCCCCUGGCUGCGGCGCGCACCCAGCCAUCCUGCUGAAAAGAGCAGACAUUUAAAACUUUGUGACAUGUGUCACAGGCACUGCCAUUGAGCCAGUGCCACUGACAGAGCUGGAAUUGACAGGCCCCGAGCCACCGGAGCUGACUGGGGGACACACCGAGUUUGGUGUGUGUCACUUCUCAUCUUCGUCAGGGACGUAUCCUGAGCUGCCACACCAACACAAACUGCGUUAUGGGAUGGGCGUGGAGUGCCAGAGCAGGUUGACAUAUGCUUGACGUGCACCUUUGUGUAUGCGAAGGGAUGAAUGGGAUGCCUGGCAACACAGAGAGUAGAUUAAUUAAGGUGUGAGCCACAGCCAUCUACUUGUAGGCAAUGCCCCCCAUUGACCCUCCGCUCACUGCUGCUACUACUUGGAACUUCCUGGCUGAACAAAUGGCACGUCACUUCAUCAGAGCAGAUCAGUGACGUUCUGGUACAGUAGCCCUGCAAGCUCUUCUACUAGCCACUCUACUAUGUGUCUGUGUGUGCACGCUCAAAAAGAAGGUAUAAUUCUGUACCUACCUACAUUUUUAUAUCCAUGCUUGAGUGAGCCACAGUUGGCUGUCUGAGCACGUAUGUAAUGAAUUUUGGUGUUGCCUUUAAUACGUUUGAAAUAUCUUAGAAAUGAAAUGCGACUGUGACAGUGUAAACACGAUAAAACCAUUUUGUAUGAUUUGAUUUCAUACUAGACACUAGUUAUAAUCAUGUUUUAAGUAUGCAGGGCAUUCACACUGGAAAAGUGAAGAAAGUAAUACUCGAUGUUAAAUCUGCUU